CUAUACAAAAAUAAUAAAAUACUUUGUUAAAAUUGAAUAGUUGAUAUUUGUUAAUACUAGCACGCACACGUUUUAAAGAAAAACCUAUAGUGAUAGAAAGAGAGAAUUUAUAAGCAAUGACAUUUAAAAUUGACAAAGGGCCCAUUGUAGGGGUACGUCAUGUUCAAGUUGUUCUAUUGUUCCUCGGAUAUAUUGCUGGUUGCAUGAUUCGUUUAAAUGUCUCGAUUGCAGUGGUCGCAAUGACUAAUGCAAAAACAAGUAAUCCUGAUUUUCCCGAAUAUGAUUGGAAUACAAAACAUAAGUCAUACAUUAUAAGUAGCAUCUACUGGGGCUUUAUAAUAGCUCAGCCUCUUGCUGCAAUGGUCUGUCGAAGAUUUGGUGCAAAAAUUACUAUGACAGUUGCCAUGGUGAUUCCUUCUCUCUUAUGUUUGAUGACACCAGAAUCAAUUCCCUUGGGAGGAUGGCAAAUUUAUUGCGCAAUCCGAUUUGUUGAAGGACUAUUCCAAGGAAUGUAUUUUCCAUCCAUCUACGAACACAUAACAAAUUGGUCACCAGUUGAAGAAAUCACCCGUUUAGGGUCCAUGGCCCAUGGUGGGCUCUUGAUUGGAACUAUUUUGGCAAUGAUGGUAUCGGGUUUUGUUGCCAAAUCCAGUUUGGGUUGGCCAGGAAUCUCGUAUGUAUCAGGAGGAAUUGGUAUAAUUUGGUGUGUUUUAUGGAUUAUUCUAGCAGACAAUUUUCCAAGUAAUUCACGUUUUAUUGGUCCAAAGGAGAAAAGUUAUAUAAUUUCUUCAAAAAAGAAGACAAAUGAAGAUAAAAAAAGGAUUCCAAUACCUUGGAAGUCAUUGUUAACUUCAAUUCCUUGUUUAUCACUGAAAGUUGUGAUCUUUUGCCAAACCUGGACUUAUACUACAAUGGUUUCACAGAUUCCUUUAUACAUGCGUGGGGUCUUGAAAUUAGAUAUCAAGAAUAAUGCACUAUUUUCUGGACUACCUUUCUUAGCAAUGUUCAUCAUGACUUAUGUUUAUUUGAUUUCAAUGGAAUUCAUCAUGAAGAAAAAUAUUAUCAGUCUUUUGGCUUUGAGGAAGACUAUCACCUCCUUGGCAAUGUGGGUUCCUUCGAUAACACUGCUCUGUAUUGGAUUUCUUGACGAAACUCAAAAAAUGUUGGCUAUUGUUUUGUUGGUAGUUACAGUUGGUGCUAGUGCUGGACAAAAUAUUGGAACGGCAUUCAAUGCAAUUGAUUUAUCACCAAAUCAUUCGGUUGUUAUUAUGGGAAUUAUUUACAUUGGAGUCAGUUUUAGUGCUUUAUUGUCUCCGUUAGUUUCGGGAAUCAUUGUGAAAGAAGAGGGCAAUUCAGAUCAAUGGCAAAUAGUUUUUCUUAUUUCUUCAGUAAUAUGUUUCUUCGGCAAUUUACAAUAUUUGUUCUUUGGAACAGAUAAGACACAACCUUGGAAUGAUGAUGAUUUUUUGACGAAAAAAACUCCUGACUGUGAAAAACAAAAGGAUAGUAAAAGCAAUCAAAUAACGAAUGUUGAUAAACAUUCUAAAUAGGUUGUUCGGAAGUUCGGAA